AGCUGCGCUUUGAGAAGGGCACUGAACUCCUCCUCCUUCUCCGGGAAGAUCUGGGCGGCAGCACGUGCUGCCUUGGCCAGGCUCCUCCCCUCCCCGCCCCCUGCCCGGGAGUGGCCAAGCGGCUGCCUUCUUCUGUGGCCGACAUGGCGCUCGACCCGGCAGAGCAGCAUCUCAGACAUGUUGAAAAAGAUGUUUUGAUCCCUAAAAUAAUGAGGGAAAAGGCCCGAGAGAGAUGUUCUGAACAAGUUGAAGAUUUUACCAAAUGUUGCAAGGAGUCAGGAAUCCUUAUGGUAGUAAAAUGCCGGAAAGAAAAUUCUGCACUAAAAGAAUGCCUAACCUCUUAUUAUAACGAUCCUACCUUUUAUGAAGAAUGUAAAAUGGAAUACCUGAAGGAAAGGGAAGAAUUCAGAAAAACUGGGAUUCCUGCCAAGAAAAGGAUACAGAAGCUUCCAACAAGCAUGUAGGCAAAUAUUUAAAUGAUACUCAGUAACUCUAUUCCUGGAAAUCACAAUUGCCUAAAAUAACAGACUCAAAGAAGUGUUUGCUUUAUUCUGAAUUAUGGAAAUAUGAAUCUUAUCUGAAAUAAAGGUUUGUUUUUUUUUAAUUUUAAGUUUAUUAAACGGGAUAGUAGUAAAUAGUGAAAUGGGAUACGGUUUGCCUGGUCAUUAUGGACUUUUCAAAAAAUUUUUCCAAGACUACAGUCCUGUAACAGUAAUACUGACUUUUAGGGUUCAGUAUAGGUCUUAACCUUACUCUGUCAGACUAACGGCUAAUCGUGCAGAUUGGAGUAACUAAAGGAGGAGCACACAACCUUCAAAGGUGUUUAAAUAAUCAGGCAGUAUGGUAGGGUGGUUAUGAACCAGAAUCCUUCCUGGUUCUCUACCUGCCA